AUACAUUUCCCCACUCAGUUUCAUUCCCAGAAUUCAGAGCGGAUUUACCGGAACACACAGUUGCAGACCCGCCAUGUUUGAAAAGGAAUGAGGAAAAGCAGCAACUGAAUGGAAAGGAAAUACAUCUUCUGAGAAACCUAUUGAGAGUAUCCUGGGAGGCAUAAACUGUCAAGCUCUUGAAACACUACUUGUUCAAGUGAUUUGAGAAAUGACUUCAAGUCUCAAUGCUGCUACUAUUCUUAAAGAUGUUGUUGCAUUUGUUGAAGUCUGGUCAUCAAAUAAAAUGGAAAACUACUCAAAAACAUUUGCUCAACAGUUACUGGAUAUGGGAGCAAAGGUAUCAAAGACUUUUAAUAAACAAGUAACACAUGUAGUGUUCAAAGAUGGUCACCAAGGUACAUGGAAAAAGGCAAAGAAGACUGGUGUGAAACUGGUUUCUGUUCUUUGGGUGGAAAGAUGUAAAGAAACUGGUGAGCAUGUUGAGGAGACCAUGUACCAGGCAGUGAAUGAAAGUAAUGAGCUACCUCAACCAGUUAAUAAAAGAACACAUCGAUGUAUGCAACCAAAGGAUUUCGAGGUAAGAACACCAGAAAAUGACAAACGACUGCAGAAGAAGCUAGACAGAAUGAUAAAGGAUCUGGAUGAACAAAAAACAUCUGCUUGUACUGGUGUCCCAGUGUUGCCUUUUGAUGAGGAUGGCUCAACUGCAUAUAGUCCCACGCUUGCAGUUCCACUAAGAGGUGAUGCAAUGGCUCAACGACUUAAGGAAAUGAAAGAGAAAAGAGAAAACCUUUCCCCAACAGCUUCACAGAUGAUUGAAACUAGCUCAUCUUUGUCCUCCUAUAGACCAUCCAUUGGGAACUCCCCUUCAAUGCCUUUCUUACAAGAUUUAGAGGAGGAAAAUAAAGAACUGAACUCAUCUUUCCGAGAACUGUGCAGCAAACAAAUAAAGAAUGGGACAAAGAAUGGAAUAAAGUCCUCCAAAAAGACAGAAACGGGUGUUAAUCCUGUACAGAAAGACGGUCUUCAAUCUAAAUCUGAAAUGGAAAUUCCAGACAAAUGUAUAGUUGCAAACAAUAACCUUAAAAGCUGCAGAACUUCACACACUCCAGAAAGAGAGAUUCUUGAGAGAAGUGUUGGUAUAGCUAAAAACACUGUUGAAGCGCUUCCUUUAAUGGCAAAUGAAAAGCCUAAAAGAACUGCCAAAAUGCAACAAACGAAGAAAAAAAGUAAAUCAUUCUUAAAUGAAAGUCCUGUUAAAGAGAGACCACAGGCUGAUCCCCACAAACAAAAAACAACUGAAAGGUGUAAAAUUUCAUUGGACAACAUUGCAAAAACUGCCACAGGCACUCUCUCUAAUUCUAUAUUGAAAUACUUUGAAUCCAAGGAUUCAUCACUGCUUCACACUGCUUCAGCAAAUAGUUCUUUGCAUGAAAAUAAAGUAGUGGGUAAAAGUAAACGUGUGAAAUCAAACCGUAAAAGCAUGCCAGCAGUGUCGCAUUCGGACCCAAGUGAGACACACAACACUAGCUUAGUAAAGAGCAGUUUGUCCAAUAACAGAACACCUACCAAGUCUUUAAAUUGUUCUCCUGCCCUGGAUGAAAUGUUAUAUGAAGACUAUUUUUCACCUGUUAACAUUAAGGAAAGUAAAAGCAAGGCAAGGCAAACUUUAGUAAACUUGCCAUCAGAGAUAUCUUUUUUUCCUCCACUGCUUCAGCAGACUCGGGGCAAGAGGAAGAGGUCACAAAAAGAUACAGAUGAAACAACAAAUACCAGCAAAAGAAGGAGCAAUGUAAACCAUGUACAGGUACCAGAAAUAAAAGCUGCAGAAGAUGCAUCUUCAGAAUUUGCUGUGAAAGCCAUGGGAAAAGCCUUUAACGAAAGUCCUGGAGAAAAAACAACAAAAAUUGACUUAAAUAUAUUUUCUGAAGAUUCCGUCUUCUUUGAAACAAAACAAAACAAAACGAGAAUAACUGUAGCAAAUAACAAUGCACAUUCUCUUGCGAAGAGUAGAACAUCUAGGUGUCAAAGUGCUGCUUCUUUAAACACUCCUGAGCAACAAAAAGGUUUAUCACGAAACAAUUCCCUAGAAUUUAAAUUCAGUGCAGAGCAAAAAGGAACAACUGACACUCCAUUUUCAAUGUCUUUGAAAAACACAAUAUCGAUUGAAAAGGGAAAGUUUGAUCAUCUGCGGGCUGAAAAACAAGAGCUCUCUCUGCUACUAGUGGAUCUCGAUGGGAAGGAUAAAAUUCAGAACAACUGUGUACAGUCUGUGCAAAGAAGUGAGAGUGACACUGCAGCUUGUGGUGAAAGAGACAGCAUUUCUGAAACGUUUAGUGAACACACACACAAAUGUGAUAAGGAGACAAUGAACAAGGAAAAAAGAAAAAAGCCAAACAGAACAUUAGUUAUGACAAGUAUGCCUACAGACAAGCAGAACACUGUAAUCCAGGUUGUGGACAAAUUGGGAGGCUUCUCAGUAGCAGAUAACGUGUGUGAAACUACAACACACGUGGUGACUGGUGGUCCUCGACGCACUUUGAAUGUCUUGCUAGGAAUAGCCAGAGGCUGCUGGAUUCUCUCAUUUGAAUGGAUUCUUUGGUGUGUGGAAAGUGAGCAGUGGAUACCAGAGGAACCAUAUGAACUUUCAAAUCACUUUCCUGCAGCACCCAUCUGCAGGUUGCAACGCCACCUGUCAGCAGGAGAGUAUCAGCAAGACUUGUUUGCAGAUCAGCCUGUGAUGUACCUUUCCCCAGUGAGCCAGCCCCCAUGUGAUAGCCUUGCAGAGCUUGUGCUGUUGUGUGGAGGAAAGGUUUGCAAAACAGUAAGACAAGCUGGAGUCUGUGUCGGUGAAUAUAAAGGAAAGAUACAACCAGGGACUAAGUAUUUAUCAGAACAAUGGAUACUAGACUGUAUCACACAAAACAAAAAACUCCCAUUUCAAAACUAUUACCUCGACUAGAAGAUCAACAAGAGUGCACCAGAAUAUGUGUGAGAUGCAACACAUGUGUUCUAAGAUGAUUGUGUAGAUGUUGCUGUAUCUGCUUUCUUUUGGUUUGAACUUUAAUAUUAUUGUAAACAUAGUCUGUAGUGUUUAUUUAAGAUGCCAUUUUAAAUGUUCUAUUGUAUCUGUGUACUGUGAAACUUUCUGUUGAAUGUUAUGUUUUUAGACCCAAUAAAACCAUUAAUUUAGUAAAGCAUGGUACUGAAAGAA